AUGAAGCAAUUCACCCCCGCCCUGGCCUUCGCCAGCAUUGUCUCCCUGGUCAACGCCCAUGGAUUCGUCACUAGCCCCGAGCCCCGCAUGCCCGGCGCCGCCAUGAAAGCCGCCUGCGGUAACCAAGUCGAAGUCAACCAGCAGUCCGACAACUACGGCAACAUUCAAGGCGAACUGCAAGUUGCUGCUAGCCAGAGCGACUACAACGCCGGGGAGUGUGACAUCUGGCUCUGCAAGGGCUACAAGUUCGCCGACAACAAGGCCAACGUGCAAUCCUAUACCGCCGGCCAGAAGGUCGCCUUCACAGUCGACAUCCGCGCUCCCCACACCGGUGUCGCCAAUGUUUCCGUCGUCGACACCUCUUCCAACAGCGUCAUCGGCUCCCCCCUGAUCUCCUGGGAUGUCUAUGCCUCCACCGCCACCGGCGUCACCUCUGACGAGACCAGCUUCAGCGUCACCAUCCCCGACGACCUCGGCAGCCAGUGUGACACCGCCGGUGACUGCGUGCUGCAGUGGUACUGGUAUGCCGAGUCGAUCGACCAGACCUACGAGUCUUGUGUCGAUUUCACUCUCGGUGGAUCGGGAUCUAGCUCCAACUCUAGCGGUUCCAGCUCCGCCGUUGUCAGCGCUGCUACUAGCGCAGCCAGCUCCACUGUCGCGGCCGCUCAGUCCACCACCUCUGAGGUGGUGGUCGCUACUUCGGUCCCAACUGUCGCUGUCCAGACCCCUGUUGCUUCCGCUGCGCAGACUACCUUCGCCACCAGCACCCGUCAAUCGGCCACCGCUUCUGCCGAGCCGGAGGCUGCGACCUCUGUCGCUUCGACUGCUAGUGCUGCCAGUGCUGCCCUGCCUUUCCCCACUGGCAGUGCGGAGGAUAUUCUGUCCUGGAUUGAGUCUCUGGUCGGCAACUUGGUUGGUAACUAA